AUGAAAGCAGUUACCGCAUCCUCAUGCACUUCAUUAGGUAGUUUUAGUAACGACGAUGAUAAUAGAAGUAUUGAGCCCCUCAAUCUUUUCCCUAACAAAGCCGAGAAUUUUUUUACUACCAAAGAUUUAAAGGCUGCAAAGAAGCUUGACAACAAUGAAGAAGAAGAUAAUAAUGGCGGCGUUACAUUUACCUUGCACAUUGGUUUACCUGAUCAGAAUAAUAUGGUUACGAAAGGAAAUGAAAAUGAAAAUGAAAAUGUUGGUGAUCAUCGUCUUCAAAGGCCUAACAAUUAUUGGAUACCAAGUGCUGUUCAAAUUCUUGUUGGCUUCACUCAUUUUUCUUGCCAUCUUUGCAAUAAAACUUUCAAUCGUUACAAUAACCUACAGAUGCACAUGUGGGGCCACGGCUCACAAUACCGAAAAGGUCCGGACUCUUUAAAAGGAGCACAGCCACGGGCCAUACUAAGUGUUCCAUGCUAUUGCUGCGAGGAAGGGUGUAAGAACAACAUCAACCACCCUAAGGCUAAACCAUUGAAGGAUUUCCGCACUCUCCAAACUCAUUACAAGCGAAAGCACGGUCACAAGCCCUUUAGUUGCCGCAAGUGCGGCAAGUCGUUGGCCGUCAAAGGCGACUGGCGAACACACGAGAAAAACUGCGGCAAGCGUUGGCUUUGCCUUUGUGGUUCCGAUUUUAAGCACAAGAGGUCGCUUAAGGAUCACAUUCGUGCUUUUGGGUCCGGUCAUGCCCCUUUCCCGCCUUCCUUUGACUCCAUCCAGCUGCUUUAG